GGGCUGCGCUGGAAGCAUCCAUCUGCCUCUGGGGCGCCGCCGUGCAGACAUGGUCGGCCUCCUGCUUCUGCUCCCGCUCCUCCUGCUCCCUUUCGUCUUGUAUGUGGCUGCGCCCCAGAUCAGGAGGAUGCUGUCCUCUGGGGUGUGCACAUCUACUGUCCAGCUUCCAGGAAAGGUAGCUGUAGUCACUGGAGCCAACACAGGCAUCGGGAAGGAGACCGCCAGAGAGCUGGCUCAAAGAGGAGCCCGCGUAUAUCUAGCUUGCCGAGAUGUGCAAAAGGGAGAAUUGGUGGCCAAGGAGAUCAAAGGCUUGACAGGGAACCAACAGGUGUUGGUGCGGAAACUGGAUCUGUCUGAUACUAAGUCUAUUCGAGCCUUUGCUAAAGACUUCUUAGCAGAAGAAAAGCACCUCCAUAUUCUGAUCAACAAUGCAGGAGUGAUGAUGUGUCCCUACUCUAAGACAGCAGAUGGCUUUGAGAUGCACAUGGGAGUCAACCACUUGGGUCACUUCCUCCUGACCCAUCUGCUGCUGGAGAAACUGAAGGAGUCAGCCCCAUCAAGGGUAGUAAAUGUGUCUUCCCUGGCACAUCACUUGGGAAGGAUCCACUUCCAUGACCUGCAGGGGGAAAAAUUCUACAGUGCAGGUCUGGCUUACUGUCAUAGCAAGUUAGCAAACAUUCUCUUCACCCGGGAACUGCACAGGAGGCUGAAGGGCUCUGGUGUAACAGUGUAUUCUGUCCACCCUGGCACUGUCAAAUCUGAAUUGACUCGGCACUCAACUGUCAUGAGUUUGAUGUGGCAGGUGUUCUCCUUCUUCAUCAAAACUCCUCAGCAGGGAGCCCAGACCAGCCUGUACUGCGCCCUGACGGAAGGUCUUGAGCAUCUAAGUGGCAAACAUUUCAGUGACUGCCAGGUGGCAUGGGUCUCUUCCCAGGCGCGAAAUGAAACAGUAGCAAGGCGGCUAUGGGACGUCAGCUGUGACCUGCUGGGUCUCCCAGUGGAUUGAUAGGUGAUUGCGGUUAUACCCAAAAGAAGACAAAAGCAGAAAUCUCCUUGCAAGGAGGCCAAAACUGACCAUAAAGACCAGAACUUUCUAGCCUUGCCUGCUUCAUAUCUACUUCAAACCCAGUACACUGCCAGGUUCAUCUAGACUUAACUUUUCCUGUUAACUACUAGAGUUUCUAACUAUAUAUCAUUGGAUAAGACAACCUUCAUAUGUCCUGUACAGCUCAUAUCUUCCUUCUGAAACCUAUUAUCUAAGAACAUCCAACCUUUCGCAGGGUUGAUGUAUGUAGAUAUGGGCUAGUUUCUGCCUUCCUUAUUCACAACAUUGUUCCUUACAUCCAAACAGUCUUCACUUUGAGUGACCUUUGCAAUCUCAGCAACGCUGGAAUUCUCACUGCAUCUGGACUGUGGUCUGGACUUCCUUAUCCAGAGACAACCCAAAGCAGUAGCUUCCACAUGAGCUUCCUUUUUGAGAAAGUUUGCAAAAUCUGAAGGCAGAAAUAGAAAUAAAGCUGUCAUUUUCCUACAGUCUUCUCAGACCAAUAAGGAGAUAAUAAAAGAGGCAUUAUGAGAAGAUAGACCUCUUGGCUUCAGUUACUGAGCCCAGACCCAUGGAAGCCUCCUUUUUUGUGCCUUAGUCUCUCAGAAAACCAUAAAAGGACUUUUCAGUCAUUGUGUAUAUAUCUGUGUGUCUUCUUAUGUAUUUUCAUAAAACUCUUAAUGACCACAAAGGAACAGUAUGAAACCAGACCCUAGUGUUGAUAAACGAUCAGACACUAGUACAAAGACCCCAUGGGCUGCAAAGGUAAGCAGACUAGAUGUGGAUAAGUGGUCACCAAGAAGCAUAUGAGAAGCAAGGAUGAAGUUAAAAAACAAACUUAGAAGGCUAUGAAAUGUAUAAAGUGGUUAGUUGAGGACUUAGGAAAAUAAUAGAGAAUUGAGUGUGAACAUCCUCAUUCACAAGGCUUAUGUAGCACCAUCUUCAUCAGUCUAUGAGGCAGAAAAAAAACUUUUGGUAGUACUAGGGUGGAAACUCAGGGACUCAUACUUGCAAAACUAGUGUCCUGCUACUUGUUCCUUCCCUCCCUCCAUCACAGGUAUUUAGAAAAAUUAUCUUAAGAUCUAAUGGUGAUAAUUAAAGUCAAUUUAAUAAUCUUUCAGGACAUAUCCUUACAUGACUGUAAAAAGAUUUAAGAUGUCAGUCUGAGGGCUUGAGGUCUAACUCAGUGGUAGAGUGCUUUCCUGGGCUAUGAGGUCGUGGGUUCAUUUUAUUCCUAGCACUAACAGAAAAAAAAAGAAAGAUAAAAUGUGAACUUAAUAAAAUUUAGUUUCAUUUGGAGGGCUAUUGUCAAAAGUAAUGCUCCCCUAGGAAGUCUGAGGAAGUGGUAAUGUUAGCAUUACUUGCUUGGAGAAUGUACAGACUAACAAUUUUAUUUUAACUUUGGUAGAAAGAGUGAUAGUCUUUAUGUCUUAUUUGUAAAUUAAUCUCGAACUUGUUUUGACCAUUAACCACUGUUUAGAAAUGGUCAUUUAAUGGGAAAAUUGGAAAAGUCACUAAUAGUGCAGUGAAUAAAUAUUGAAUUAAUAAUGAAUAUUUUACCUAAUUUAUAUUGAAUUGUCAGUGACCAAAGUUCUUAUCAUGUUUUUAUUUACCAGAAUAAAACAAUAAAACAAAAGUUUAAUUGUAAUUAAACCACUUUUUUAAUUAUAGUUAUCCAACUCUCAAUCUAAACGAUAAAUGUUUCAGAAUCCAACUUUAGUACAACUACAAUUCAUAUGUCAUUAAUUUGGGGUCUUGAAUAAUUUGGUCAUCCUGUUUCCUCCAUAAUCUUCUAUGACACAGUUGAAACAU